AGACAAAAGCCUAGAGGAAAAGACAUUGAAGCAUUGCUGCCAUGGCUACUGAAGCGUGUUCAACAGUCACAGUGAACCACAUCAACGUUUUCUGGGACGAAGGGAUGCUGAAGCACGAAACUGGCAUUGGAGUGUUUGACACUGGUGACGACCCUGGCUUCUUGGAUGUGUUGGAGAAGCAUCCUGAGAACUCUGACAGGCUCAGGAACAUGGUCUCCAUCCUCAAGAGAGGUCCUAUUUCUCCCUUCAUUUCUUGGCAUCCUGGUUCACCUGCUCUCAUCUCUCACCUCCUCUCGUUUCACACCCCUGAAUACAUAAAUGAACUAGUAGAAGCUGAUAAAGGAGGAGGGAAAAUGCUAUGUGCUGGCACAUUCUUGAACCCUGGAUCAUGGGAUGCAGCACUUCUUGCUGCUGGAACCACACUCUGUGCAAUGAAGCAUGUCCUUGAUGGACAUGGAAAAGUUGCUUAUGCCUUGGUUAGGCCCCCUGGCCACCAUGCUCAACCUUCUCAGGCUGAUGGCUACUGUUUUCUCAACAAUGCUGGCCUUGCAGUACAAUUGGCCUUAGAUUCUGGUGUGUGUAACAAGGUUGCAGUUAUAGACAUUGAUGUUCAUUAUGGGAAUGGUACUGCUGAGGGAUUCUAUAGGUCUAAUAAGGUUCUUACCAUUUCCCUUCAUAUGAACCAUGGAUCAUGGGGUCCAUCCCAUCCCCAUAAUGGAUCCAUUGAUGAGCUAGGAGAAGGUGAAGGUUAUGGCUACAAUUUGAACAUACCUCUACCAAAUGGAACUGGGGACAAUGGAUAUGUUUAUGCAUUCAAUGAAUUGGUUAUUCCAUCAAUCCAGAAGUUUGGACCUGAUAUGAUUGUUUUGACAAUUGGACUAGACUCAAGUGCAUUUGAUCCAAAUGGAAGGCAAUGCUUAACAAUGGAGGGUUAUAGAAAAAUUGGGAAGAUUGUUCAUGAUCUUGCAAAACAGCACAGUGAUGGACGCCUUGUAAUUGUUCAAGAAGGUGGAUACCAUGUUACAUAUUCAGCAUACUGUUUACAUGCAUUUCUGGAGGGUGUUCUCAGCCUAGUAUCAUUGCCUCCAUUGCCAGAUCCUAUUGCUUAUUACCCUGAGGAUGACACAUUUUCAUCAAAGGUUAUAGAUGCCAUUAAAAACUAUCAAAAAGAUAAACUUCAUUUUUAGAGAGAACUCCUUAACUUUGGAGAAACUUCAUCUGGGAAAAAAAAAUUCUUAUGUGCUCAGGCCUUAGCAGAGAUAUUAAGUCAAGAGGGUUUAAUUAUAUCUUCUAAGUAAGAAGAAAGAAGGAAGGAAUUUGUUGUAAACUUUCACUAAGCAUAUCACUAGAAGAAAAUGAGGAGAAAAGCUUAUUCUCAAGUAUAAAUUUACUAUUUCAUUUGUAAAGCUCUAGAAUAAUGAGUUAAGGAAAAUCUACAUUUUAAAAUUUCCCUGCAGCUGAAUUGUCUCAUGCAAUAGUAGUAGAUAUUAUGAUUGUA